AUGGGGUCUCCAGAUAAUGUUGACGAGUCUGACCAUGAACUCUGGCACAAGCAAGAAAGGGGUCCUCAUAGUUUUGGACUUGAAAUUGGUAGUUAUGGCAUGCAUCAUGCGAAUGAUAAAAAUCAGUCAUCGUCUGCAGAUCACAGUUUUGUACCCUCAAGUCGGAAAAUACGGUCAACAAGGGGAGCUGAUAUAGAAAAACCCCACUCUCCAGUCAGAGGAGGCAGUCAGAAUCAGAGUGAGGUGAGAAAUGCAGGCUCUAGAUCUGUGUCUUGCGCUAGUUCCGUUAGAAGUAGGACUUCAUCUGAAAGCUCUUGGGAUGGGUCAACCACAAGGGGCUCAAAGGCAGGUAGGGAUAGACGGAAUAGGAAAGUAGUUACUGGGGCUGCGUCUGCACUCUACGGAAAAGGAAAGAUUGUACCUGAGCACUCAAUCCAGGUUGAAGAUGAUAACAGAGAGUGGGUUCCUGUAUCAAGCCAGGAAAUAACAGAAAGAGAUCUUGGCCCUCGGCCUACUGUUGCUUCAUUUCAACUCCAGAGGCAUCAAAUACAUGGUCAUGAACUAGCUCAGGCAAGUGGAUCAGAGACCACAGUGCCCCUUGCUCCAUUUAUCCUUGGCAAUGGCAUGCAACAAAACGAGGUUGAUAAUUCUGGAUAUACUUUUUAUCCCACUGGGCCACCUGUUCCGAUAGUUGCAAUGCUUCCCAUGUACAACUAUCAAGUCGGUGGUAAUGCGACAUCAGAUCUUUUGGCAAGCCAUCUCGGUGUGGAUGAAGGAGUGGAGAAUCAUGAUCCCUGUAAAACUUUUAACUCGUUCAAGGGGUUUGAUCAGUCUGAGAUAGUUGUUUCUUCACACUCCACCAGAGCUUCUGUAGAAGCAACAGAGCACAAGAAUGAUAUUCUUAAUGGUGAUUUCACAAGUCAUUGGCAGAAUUUGCAGUAUGGCCGCUCUUGCCAGAAUUCUCAACAUCCGCCUGUGUUGUAUCCUGCUCCGGUUGUAGUGCCACCUGCUUAUCUCCAGGGGCGUGUACCAUGGGAUGGUCCUGGAAGACCUCUUGCUUACGCCAGUCUCAUGAAUCAGCUCAUGAACUAUGGACCUCGUCUUGUACCCGUUGCUCCUCCUGUACAACCUGUUUCUCCUAGGCCCCCUAACAUGUACCCUCGUUAUGCUAAUGAAACUCCCAGAUAUCGAAGUGGGACUGGGACCUACUUUCCAAAUCCUAAGAUUUCUCCAAGGGAGCAGCGGCCUUCCUCUGGCAUGAGGCGAGGAAAUUAUAGGCAUGACAGAAACGAGCAUUAUGGAUGA